CCGUAAAUCGUAUAAGUGCGUGCGAAUCUAGUAAAAGUGUUUGUUUGUUAAUUUUGGCAUCAUUAUAAAAUCGAAAUGUGUAUGUAGGUUAGAUCGUCUUUAACUCCUCAGCUUCCCAGAUUAGAUCGUCUUUAACCUCCAACAGGAGUCGGCAGAUGAACCGGACAAGAAACCCGGGAAAGUGUCAUAUUACUGAUGGUGAAUCGGUGGAGAAUGCAGCUUAUCAGAAGAAUGCGUGACAGACAGUUGACCUGCAAACAGAAGAUUAUGCGAUAUUAUCAGCGUAAUUAAGGAUAUAAUUAACUUAAAAGGAUAAUACACAUCCACAGUCAAGAAUUUGCUAUAAAAUUUGAACAAUUCGGAGAGGGAGAGUCCUCACAGGUCACGUAUUGAAUAAAAAUUGUGUCUGUGUAAUGAGCGCGAAUAGUGACAGAUCGAAUGUGCUGUGUAGUGAUAUCUGAAGAGAAGAUUAAUGCUCGCGAAUGAGUCUUAUUAGUGUGUGGACUCCAAUCUAGUCCCUCAAGUGUGUGUCCGUGCUAUCGAAGAACGUGAAACUUCCAUUUAAAUCGCAAAAAAAAACCAAAACGAAGUGAUCGAUAACCGUGUACAAAAUCCUUUGCAUUCGUCCCUUGUGCUUGAAGGGGGAACCCUGUGAACCCGCGUGUGCUUCCGUGUGAGUGAAGUGUGUUUCGGUUAAGUUUUUCGUUUUUCUUCCACCUUCACCACGUGUGCGUGUGCGUUGUCGCGGUCGUCCAACACGCCGUUACGACAAACGCGUAAACCAAAAUCCGUCAAACUGGCCGCCUCAAUAGCAAUGAAUCCCCACUACCAUCCGUACUCGGAUCUGUCCUCACCACACUCACCCAGUCCGGACAAUGCCGGCAGCUACCCACAGCUAACGCCUCACCAUAAUGGGCACGGGGGUGGUGGCGGUGGCGGCGGCGGCGGUGGUGGUGGCGGUCCGAACGCAAUGGUCAGCCAGAUGGACGGUCAGCAAGGAUUCCACCAGAUGAACAGUGGUAAUGGUGGUGGACCGGUCAAACAUUGCGCAGGAUGUGGAGGCAAAAUCACGGAACGAUUCUUCCUGCACGCGUUGGACCGAUACUGGCACAACUCCUGCUUGAAAUGUUCCUGCUGCGGAGCGAUGCUGGCCGAUAUCGGUUCCAGUUGCUACACGCGCAGUGGCAUGAUACUCUGCAAAGCCGAUUACUCCAGGUUAUUCGGUUCCGGUGCUUGUUCCGCCUGCCAUCAAACGAUACCCGCCAACGAGUUCGUGAUGCGAACGACGUCCCACACGACGAUAAACAACAACCUGAACAAUGCCGCCAACAACAACAAUCAAAAUGGCACUGUCAACAACAACAACAAUAACAACAACAAUGGCCAAUCCGUGCCGCAGCACCACGUGUUUCAUCUGAAGUGCUUCCAGUGCUCGAAGUGCGGGAGCCAUCUGGUGCAGGGCGACCGGUACUACAUGCUCGGCGGCAGCUUAGUCUGUGAGCCGGACUGGCACAAGCUGGUGAAGACGACCAACAACCAAACCAACCCGCCGCUGCGCAAGGGCAAGGUCGGAAGGCCCCGGCGCUCCCGCGACUGAGAUGGUCCCCGGCUGGGUCGUCCGCCGAAAAUGAAA